AUGCGAAGACCCGAUGAUAGUCGUAGAAAUACAAUACAAGGCACUAGAGCAAGGUUUGCUGGCCCGUUCCAAACUGCUGUGAUUGACAAUUUAGAUGAGAAAUAUAGUAAUGCCGUUUGGUGGGCAAUUGGAAUUGGUUUCUCUCAUGUACUGAUAGGUUCUCUUCUUAUGGUAAUAUACCUGUAUUCUAUUCAGAAAGGAGACUUGCACGCAGUUAUAUUUAGUAUGGCAUAUAACUUCUUUGCGGCAGAAGCUAUAUUAAGCUUGAGUUUUGUAAAUGGAUGGGCCACACCUAUUAGGUCUAUGCAUCGAAAAUAUGUACAUAUAUUUCUUCAGUUAUGUACAAUUAUUACAGCAGUAAGUGGAAUGAUCAUAGUGGCAAGGAAAUUGCAAUUUCAGCGCACAGCACAUUCAGUAUUAGGGCUGCUAACAUUGCUGUUGACUUUGUUGAGUUCGUUAACUGGACCAUUCGCUCUAAAGCUGGUGGUCAGAAAAGGUCAUUUUGUGCACAUGUCGUGUGGAAUUCUUUGCUUCUGCAGUUCUAUGAUCUGCCUAUUCACGGGACUAUUGAAACAAGACUUGAAACGAUGGACAGGACAAGAUGUAGUCUACAUGUUGAACCUUUUUAUCACAUUUUAUUCGUCACUUAUAGUAAUAACUACGAUAACAAAAGUUGUAAACAAAGGCUAA